UAAGUUUCUUCACUUCCACUAAAUCCGGGCUUUAUUCUCUGAAAUUUGAAUUAUUUAAAAGUGCUAAAUCCUUACAUAAUAUUUCACGGUUACAUUCAUGUGGAAUAACAAGUUUAAAGGAAGAGAGGGCAUCCUAGGCAGUGAGUAGGCAUAGGUGGGCUUACAUAAUAGGAACCUAAAUCCCAUGUAGAGGACAAAUUCUUAUGAUGAUCUGAUUCAUUUCAAUGCUCUCCUAUGAGUAUUUCCCUCUCUAUGCUCUGUAGUUGUGAUUGAUGGCCAAAAAACAACUUCAUGCUUUUGUUAAAUGCAUCUGUACAGUAUGAGAAUUUGGUGUGACUUUGCAAUGAUCCAAGGGCAAGGAAUGCUGUUCUAGCUGACAUGGAUAACGAUGGAAGGGAAGUCCAAGUAAUAUUAGCAAUGAUUGAGAGAGGCUUUGAAUUUGCAAAAGCUUUAACUUUGGUACCGGAACUAUUCACUGUGGAGAAUGGUCUUCUCACUCCAACGUUCAAGAUCAAGCGGCCUCAAGCCAAGGCAUACCUUGCCGAAGCUAUAGCCAACAUGUGUGCUGAAGUUUCGGCAUCAGAUCCAACCCCACGGAGAAUGUCAUGAAGCUUUAUUUUGGAAAUAUUGGAAGUGAUGAAGUGGAAAAUAGCCAAAAUAAAAAUACUUAACAUUUCAGGAAAAGAAGAUUAUCCUGGUAGCCAAUUGUUGUGAUGUCCAUGUUAAGAGUCCAGAACCUGGAUCAUUUCAGAAACAAAAACAUUCAUUGCUUUGUUGUAUAUUCAAUUUUCUUUUAUAAUGUACAUUAUUAUUAUCUAUAAUACAUGACAUUUUAAUUU